GUAAGUCCUGUGCACCACUCGCAACAAGGCCUUAGGAUAUAUAUGAAUUUCAUAUCCUAGGAUUCCUAGCCACUCAUUUAUAAAGGUUAUACAAAUAUUUUCAGAUCUAUUUAGCACAAAAAUCUGAAAAUUGACUGAUACUGCAGUACCGGUACUGAUAACUACACUUCGGAUAUGAGUAAGGCUGGUGGAGCUUCAUUGAUAAACAUCCAUAUACAUGGAGGUAUUGCCACUGUAAAUUCAAGUAUUACAAAAUCUCGUAGUCAAAAUGGCUCGGCAUCUGCUGCCAAAAAGAACCAGAACAAGUCUGUGACGAAUACAAACAAACAAAAGAAAGCGAACUGGGGUCGGAAGACUCCUACUUCUGCAUCCAGUUCUACCAAGACCAAACAAAACAAUGCUAAAAGAGGACAGGCAACUUCGGCCACCACUUCCGCUAAGUUGUCUGUCAAAUGUCAGCCGGCAAAGACUAAAAAAGGGAACAACCAGACUGCGCCAUUUGCAGUUCAUGCAAAAGUGGAGUUCUGUUCAAAGAAAAAAGCAACAAAAGGUGGCCGCAAGUAGACGAGCAAGUCAUAGAUAUUUAUGGAAGGCUUAUUAGGUGGAAUGCUGGAUUUCUUUUUAAAAAUGUUUAUCGUAGUUUGUCAUUGGUUUACCACCAAAUAUUUGUCUAUCGCUUUAAUAUUUUUAUUAGUUCAAUUUAAUUUUAUUAAUUGCUUUUUCUAUACCAAUUAUGCAAUUUGUAUUCACUAAAUGCCACUAGUGAGUUUUUUGGACCUCCUGAAGUAUGCGCAUCAAGAUGGCGCACAAGUUUAGGGUUCAUGCGACAUCUUGGUGCGCAUACUUCAGGAGUACCUUUUUUGAUUUAUACGAAUCCUAUGCUUUCUGUGAGAGAUACAUGCAAGAUUGAUCGAUUCCUUUAGAAAUAAAAUGAGUCGAACGAGAUUUAUCACCAGUAAGACUCUUAGCGCAGUGAUUAACUCUAACCUUGGACUCGUUGAGUUAUGCCUAUGAUCGCUAUUUGGUAAAAU